AUGGUCAAACGAAGCAAGUUACUUCAAACUCUCGACGCCCACCGGGGCAGAGACUACAAUGCUGAGAAGCAGAAAAAGAUGGUGAAGGCGGCGAAGAAGCGCAAGUCUACCGAUCAGACUCCCGCCAGCGCCGAAGUUAGCAGCAAGAAGGCCGAAGAGAAGAAGAUUGCAGAGUCUGAGGAUGAAGAGGAAGAAGAGGAGCAGGCUCAAGUUGCAGACGGUUCUGAUGAGUCUGACAAGGAACAAGAGGUCGAGGCCGAGGCUGAGAACAAGGAAAAUGAAGAUGAGGAAGAAGAAGAAGAGGAGGAGAAGGAGGAAGAAGAAGAAGAAGAAGAAGAAGAAAAAGAAGAAGACAUUCUCCUAUCAGAUCUCGAGGAGGAUGAGCGAGAGGAUGUCGUUCCUCAUCAGCGUCUCACUAUCAACAACUCUGCCGCGAUCAAGACUUCCCUCAAACGCAUCUCCUUCAUCAACCAGAACACCCCAUUCUCUGAACACAAUUCGUUAGUGUCGAAAGAACCAAUCGAGGUGACCGAUCCCAAUGACGACCUCAACCGAGAGCUUGCAUUCUACAAGGUGUGCCAGGCUGCUGCCAUCCAAGCGCGUGGUCUUCUGAAGAAGGAGGGCGUCGCAUUCACUCGCCCAGGCGACUACUUCGCCGAGAUGGUCAAGAACGACGAGCACAUGGAUAAGAUCAAGAAGAAGCUGUACGAAGAAGCCGCCGGCAAGAAGGCCGCUGCCGAGGCUCGUCGCCAGCGUGAUCUCAAGAAGUUCGGCAAGCAGGUGCAGGUCGCCAAAUUGCAGCAGCGCGCCAAGGAGAAGCGUGAUACUUUGGAGAAGAUCAACACUCUGAAGAAGAAGCGCAAGGCUGAUUCUUCUGCCCCUACUGAUGAUGCCAAUGAUCUGUUCGACGUCGCAAUUGAGGAGUCUGGUAAGCCCGAGAAGCGCAACCGUGAAGGCGGCCCCAACGCCAAACGCCAGAGACGGGACCAAAAAUUCGGCUUCGGUGGUAAGAAGCGCUUCUCAAAGAGUGGUGAUGCUGUUUCCACCGGUGACAUGCGCGGCUUCUCUCAAAAGAAGAUGAAGGCGGGCGCUUCCAAGCGACCCGGUAAGAGCAAGCGAGCUGCCGCCAAGGGUCGGUCAUAG